AUGCACGAUCGUGGCGGAGAUUUGGAAGGCUUCGAAAGCCAAGUCGAAAAUUCAUGCCACGAUCGUGGCGGAGAUUUGGAAGGCUUCAAAUUCAUAAGCCAAGUCGAAAAUUCAUGCCACGAUCGUGGCGGAGAUUUGAAGGCUUGGAAAGCCAAGUCGAAAAUUCAUGCCACGAUCGUGGCGGAGAUUUGGAAGGCUUCGAAAGCCAAGUCUCAUAAGCCAAGUCGAAAAUUCAUGCCACGAUCGUGGCGGAGAUUUGGAAGGCUUCGGAAGCCAAGUCGAAAUUCGCCACGAUCGUGGCGGAGAUUUGGAAGGCUUGGAAAGCCAAGUCGAAAAUUCAUGCCACGAUCGUGGCGGAGCUUUGGAAGGCUUCGAAAGCCAAGUCUCACAAGCCAAGUCCAAAAUUCAUGCCACGAUCGUGGCGGAGCUUUGGAAGGCUUCGAAGGCCAAGUCGAAAUUCAUGCCACGAUCGUGGCGGAGAUUUGGAAGGCUUCGAAAGCCAAGUCGAAAAUUCAUGCCACGAUCGUGGCGGAGAUUUGGAAGGCUUCGAAAGCCAAGUCGAAAAUUCAUGCCACGAUCGUGGCGGAGAUUUGGAAGGCUUCCGAAAGCCAAGUCGAAAAUUCAUGCCACGAUCGUGGCGAGAUUUGGAAGGCUUCGGAGCCAAGUCGAAAAUUCAUGCCACGAUCGUGGCGGAGGUUUGGAAGGCUUGGAAGCCAGAGUCGAAAAUUCAUGCCACGAUCGUGGCGGAGAUUUGGAAGGCUUCGGAAGCCAAGUCGAAAAAUUCAUGCCACGAUCGUGGCGGAGAUUUGGAAGGCUUCGGAAGCCAAGUCAAGAAAAUUCAUGCCACGAUCGUGGCGGAGAUUUGGAAGGCUUGGAAAGCCAAGUCGAAAAUUCAUGCCACGAUCGUGGCGGGAGAUUUGGAAGGCUUCGAAAGCCAAGUCUCAUGAGCGCCAAAUUCAUGCCACGAUCGUGGCGGAGAUUUGGGAAGGCUUGGAAGCCAAGUCGAAAAUUCAUGCCACGAUCGUGGCGGAGAUUUGGAAGGCUUCGAAAGCCAAGUCUCAUAAGCCAAGUCGAAAAUUCAUGCCACGAUCGUGGCGGAGAUUUGAAGGCUUCGAAAGCCAAGUCGAAAAUUCAUGCCACGAUCGUGGCGGAGAUUUGGAAGGCUUCAGAGCAAGUCUCAAAAGCCAAGUCGAGGAUUCAUGCCACGAUCGUGGCGGAGAUUUGGAAGGCUUCGGAGCCAAGUCGAAAAUUCAUGCCACGAUCGUGGCGGAGAUUUGGAAGGCUUCGAAAGCCAAGUCUCAUAGGCCAGUCGAAAAUUUAUGCCACGAUCGUGGCGGAGAUUUGGAAGGCUUGGAAAGCCAAGUCGAAAAUUCAUGCCACGAUCGUUGGCGGGGAUUUGGAAGGCUUCAGCCAAGUCAUAGAAGUCGAAAAUUCAUGCCACGAUCGUGGCGGAGAUUUGGAAGGCUUGGAAAGCGCAAGUCGAAUUCAUGCCACGAUCGUGGCGGAGAUUUGGAAGGCUUCGAAAGCCAAGUC